UGGCACAGCCGGGAAUCGAACUGGCAACCUUCUGAUUACUAGCCCGAUUCUCUCACCGCUCAGCCACCUGACUCCAUAUGGAGUGUGAAGUGUUUGAUCGGAGUGUGAAGUGUUUGAAGUUGUCCGUUUUGGUGCUGUGUCCAGGCGUCUCAGAGCAGAACUGACCUAGGAUCAGCUCUCCUGAGCUGUUAUUGGGGUCAGCACACACCACUGACCCAGGGUCAGCCCUCCUGCUGAUGCACCUGACGAAACACAGGACCCAGGUCUCUUAAAGAGCAUCAUAUGUCUGUAGCGCCCUCUUGUGGUGGUUUAGCAGCAGUCUUCAUCUCAAGCUUGCUUGGCUUGUAUGUGUUUAUGGGAGUGUUUUAUUCCAGCAGAGCCUGUGCAGCAGCACCAGUCUGUCAAAGACAGGAGGCUCGUACAGUAGAGAUGCUAGCAGCACCAUCCACCAGCCAUCCAGUUAACUGUGAACUGCUGCCAGCCAUCAUGUACCAAAGCAAUACUCUGUGGUGCCUUAAGUCAUUUUCUGUCUUGCAAAUUAAAGAUUUCAUAUACCACUGACAACUACUUUAGUCUGGAGCUCUCCACUAAAAAUGUCAACUACAACAACAUAGAACAACCUGUGCAAGUCCCAUAGAUGUUGUGACAUUGGACACAGUCAAAUCCAUUGGUGUUUCAAGGCCCUGGUUUUAAAAUGUAUUAUUGGGUUGCUUGUUCCUUUCUGUUGCCGGUGGGAGAGGUGUUGGCGCCCCCCAGUGGUGAGACUGAAGCUUUAGGAACCGAUCACAACUGGUGGUGUCACCUUUCAUCUGGUGCCUUAAUUUAGCCACUUAAUCACUCUUCACCCUUUCAAUGUGAGCAGCCAUGGCGGAAGCAUUUGUUGUGGCCAGAUCAAGUUGACCGUGUCCACUGUAAACAGGCAAUGAACUGUAGACAAUCUUUUAUCUGUAGAUGGGAGAGGAUGUGAUCAGAGACUCAGUGGUGAAUAAGCACUCCGAGAAGGCUUUGCUACUUUUUAAAACAUUUUGUAGAUGUGGAUGGUUGUGAUUUUAUUUCAUUUCUGGUUUUAUAUAUAUAUAUAUAAUGUAUAUAUUAUAUUUGUAAUGUGAUUGCUGUAAGUGGAUGCCAAAAGAUUUAUGAACAUUUUCCAAUUUGAAGGUGUAGAAAAUUUGUUUAAAAGCCUUAAACCUCUGGUCCCAGUUUGCACAUCUAAUGUUGUCAUGUCAUAACGCCUACUAACGUUCUGGAUCUCGUUUCUAACUGCAUGCUUCAAGGAAAUGAUGAUUAUUGUAGCCUAUUUUUGAAAGGCACUUUGACCCCCAUUUUCGAUGAUCUGUAAGACCUUUCGAUACAUUUUAAUACACUUUUGAAAUGUACAGCAUUUAUUGUUCAGCUGUGUACUUCUAUUAUUAUUCGGCACCAAAUGGAAGAUGUGUUUCUGUAAAUAACCAAGGGAGGGUGGCUGUUUUUAAUUCUUUGGUUGGGAGGAGUGCGUGUUAUUUGGGGGCUGCGAUGGGGUUAGUAGGGGUUUAUUUAAUUUCACAACUUAAUUUAACUCUACAAAACAGUUCAUGUUUUAAUAAAUAGCUUUUAGUUGUUCACAUAAGGGUUCAUAUUGUCAGCUGUCAACACCAUUAUCCAUACUAACGACGCGGGUUUCAAACUGAAAAAAAACAAGUACACAACAACAGUUUGCCAAAGUAGAACCCACAACCGAAGCUUGAGUGAUGAUUUUUUAGGUUGACAGGGGCGUGGCGUGUAUGAGUACUGGGUGAUGAGUGAUUUCACUCAUGCAUGGUCACACAAUGUGGCAGACGCGAUGGCUGGGAACGGGAGGCAGCUGCGAGUCGCGGAACCCCAAGUUCAAUUCUCCAAGAAAAACUAGCUUUUCUUGCGCUAGUUAGAACGACAGUCCACGAGUGAAGAAGUCUGUGCACGAAUAACUUGGCUGUCUGCUUUUAAGAGUUUGGUAAGCUGGCUGAAGCUCCAGGUUUUGGGGACGGGAGAGGGGAGGGUUGCUGCUAUACGUCGGGAGCCGUGUAUUCUAUCCAACGCACUCAAAAUAUGGCUCCACUGGCAGAUGGAUAUUGCUUUCGAUAUUUAAGUUGGGCAUCUCCAGUCUAAGGUGUCACAUAUUCUGAGCCCUAGUCGAUGGAUUUAUCACCCCUGACACAAGAACACUUUAGCUAGACUUGUGAAGCAUGGGUGACUGGAGCUUCCUGGGACGGCUGCUGGAGAACGCCCAGGAGCAUUCGACAGUUAUCGGCAAGGUGUGGUUGACAGUCCUCUUCAUCUUCCGUAUCCUGGUGUUGGGGGCUGCGGCGGAGGAGGUGUGGGGCGAUGAGCAGUCCGACUUUACCUGCAACACGCAGCAGCCCGGCUGCGAGAACGUCUGCUACGACGAGGCGUUCCCCAUCUCCCACAUUCGCUUCUGGGUGCUGCAGAUCAUCUUUGUGUCCACGCCCACGCUCAUCUACCUGGGCCACGUCCUGCACAUCGUACGGAUGGAGGAGAAGCACCGGGAGAAGGAGGAGGAGCUGCGCAAGGCCAACAGGCUCCAGGAGGAGAAAGAACUCCUAUACAGAGAUGGUGGAGGGGACGGAAGAGGGGGUGGGGACGCAGGGGGCGGAGGGGGCGGAGGGAAAGGCAAAGGAGGUAAGAAGGUGAAGCCGCCCAUCAGGGAUGAGCAUGGCAAGAUUCGCAUCCGAGGUGCAUUGCUGCGCACGUAUGUGUUCAAUAUUAUAUUCAAAACCCUGUUUGAAGUGGGGUUCAUUUUAGGUCAGUAUUUGCUCUAUGGCUUCCAGCUGAGGCCCCUAUACAAGUGUGCCCGGUGGCCCUGCCCUAACACCGUGGACUGCUUUAUAUCUAGGCCCACUGAAAAGACCAUUUUUAUCAUAUUUAUGCUUGUGGUGGCUUGCGUGUCUCUUUUGCUGAAUUUGUUAGAGAUUUAUCACCUGGGAUGGAAGAAGGUUAAACAGGGGAUGGCAAGCGAGUGUGCCCUCGACCAGGAGUCUCUGCACCGCUCUCCUGUGUUCCCUGACUCUGCCUCCAGAACUGCCCCUGCCCCCCUCAGCCCCCCCCCCAACUAUGCCAGCGUGCCGGCAGGGAGCGGGGCGUUCUUGGCACCUGUGGCCCCCCUGCAGGACGAGCUGACAGAGCCUGACUCCGCCUUCUACAUCAGCAGCAACAACCACAGGCUGGCCGCGCAGCAGAACUGGGCCAACAUGGCCACUGAGCAGCAGACUCGGGAGAUGAACGCCUCUUCCUCCUCCUCUUCCUCCUCCUCCAGUGGCAAUGAGCCGCCUCCUGGCGGGCCCCCCCCCAUCCCCUUCCCUAACUCCGCCCCCACCUUUCCUAGCUCCGCCCCCACCCCUUGCCCCAGCUCUGCACCCACCCCUUGCCCUAGCUCCGCCCCCACCCCCUGCCCCAGCUCUAACCCCACCCCUUGCCCUAGCUCCGCCCCCAGCUCCUCCCCCACCCCCACCCCCUGCCCCAGCUCCAGCGCUGGCAGCCUGAGUGGUGGGAAGAGCGAGCGGGAGGACUGCCCCCUCACCACCACCGUUCAGAUGCACCAACCCCCGGUCUACGUGGCAGCAGACCCUCGCAGGCUGAGCAGAGCGAGCAAGAGCAGCAGCAUCAGGGCCAGGCCCAAUGACCUGGCUGUGUAGUCGUGUUAGAGAGAAACCUUCCCAGACGCCUGCAUGGUACCCAGGCAUGCUUGAUUUUGGUAUCCUCAUGCCUCUUCCUUUUUUACAUCCAGGUCAUAUCUCAUCCAUCAGAUAUUUGGCAUUUCUUUUUGUAUAGGUUGAACAUUAGAGGUAGAAGCUGUCCUACAACUCAUUGAUGCAGACACAGUAGAUCAGUAGAUCACAGAUCACCAACCUCCUCCAAGAACCUGCAUUGCCGCAUUGAUUCAGACACAGUCAGUAGACGACAUACCACCCUCAUCCUCCAGAUUCAAACACAGUCAGUGGACGACAUAUCACCCUCAUCCUCUAGAUUCAGACACAGUCAGUCGAUCACAGUUCACCUCAUCCUCCACAUACAGCAGACACUGUUGUAUCAGAGCAGUUUCACUGGGUGUCUACUGUGACAAGGUAUGCAAGAUGGUGUCCCUGAUUCCUUCUGCGAAUCCUGACAAGGCUCCAGUCCUGUCACACACUGUAGAUACUGGGACAAGACCAGUGGUGAAGGCUACAUGAUAAUUGGCACAUGUAUAUGCCCACUGGGACUUCCUGAAUACCCAAUAUUAAAGGUGCAGUGAUACAUGGGUGGGGAAGAGGGGGGCUUGGUAAAGUGACAGCAUGGCCACUACUUGAUACUAGAUUACAUUGCUGUGGAGGGAAGCUGGAGCCAGAUGAGGAACAUGUUCUUUCAGAGCCCAGCUUUUGCCAUGCUGCCAGCUGGAUGGUGGCCUUCAUAGUUCCAGCUCCUGGUAAAUGAACACCUAUGGCGGCCACAAAAAAAAGCAUAGUGAUAUGCACCAAAAAAAAAAAUCUAAAACCGAAAUACUUUUACUUCCUAAACAAAUAUGGACAAAUACCAUGUUACUGAAUGCGUCUUGAACCUGGCAUUAAUUGCUAUCUCACAUUCAGUAAUAGCAUAACAUUUAAUAAUUAAAUAUUUCUUCCAUUAAAAAAACAUUACAUGUGAUACUUCAUUAUUUUCAUUAUGAAAAGUGCUGUUUUCAAAUGAAAAUUGAACUAUCAUGAUAAAUUGCUGUCUGUUGUUAGUUUGUGAUUGGCAAACAGAUAUCUGGUAUGAAAAGUACAAAGGAAAAGAUAUGGCAAGUGUUAGUAAUCCAGGCCGUAGUCUGUCUCCCAGUUAUUGUCCUGUAAAUCUUGAUACUGUGGAUCUGACCACAGUUGCUGUGGUAACCAGGUGUCUUUAGUUUGAAUGCUGUGUGAGGUGAACACACCCAGGGACACACAUAGCAGGCUUCUAUCCACUGAGGAGCAGUGUAUGCUGGGUAAGGAAGCAGGAUCCAGGUCUCAGAUAGAGGGAACACAGGAGACUGGAAGUGUGAUCUCUUACAACAAUGCAAACUAAAAACAACCGCAGGAAUAAAGUACUGGAUCGUUGCCUGUGACAUUGUUAUUUUCCUUAAACCAGUGUUAACUUUGUUCCCAAUGUUAUAUUUUAAUUUAAUUUAAGCUAUUUAAAUGUACCAAUUCACAAGAAUUUGUUCGGCAUUUGUUGUUUUGGUUCCUAAAGUUUACAUUUUAGUAAAUAGAUAAAAGAUUUGCACAUUUAGGCUCAACUUGUUUGACAAAGAUGAGCAGAUAAAAAGACACCAGGCUAUGACAAUGUUUAUAAUCCUUAAAGUCUUAACAUUAAAACCUUGUGUCUCUUUAAAUUAAAGGCAGUAUUGCUAUAACCAUUAUAUAGUAGGGACACAUUAAGUCAUUUUUUUAGCAGACACUCUUAUCCAGAGCGACACAAUAUCAAUUGUUAUAUUACAAUAAAAAGUUUGAAUCUUCAACACUGGGAAGAGUAUUAUCAGUGAGUAUUCAGUGCAUGCUCACUAAGUCUUUACACAAUUGCUCUUUGGCUUCCCGAGUUUGACAACAUUAACAACAUUGACAACAUUCAGUCCCACUAAUGUCACUUGCCCCUCCCUUCAAUCCUCUCCCCUCUCCUCCUCUCUCCUCCUCUCUCCCCCUCCCUCCCUCCUUUCCUCCCUCCCUCC